AGACGACUUUGAAGUUGCUACUUAAUCUGGGCAGGAUUAUGAUAAUACUCGUCACUUUGGUUUAGCAUACUUCCUGAGAGGUUUAUAAAUUCUUUAUUAUUACUGACACGCCAUAAGGACAGUAAAAGAUCGAAUUAGAGCUUUUUAAAGAGCGCGCGUCCCCCCUCCAGCAGGAGCGGCAGUGGUAUGACCCACCCGACACGCGGCUGCUGUGUGACCAUGUGCUGUUUGUUGAUGUGAGAGAAGCGGGGGGUGUUUAUUUAUCGCCCUGUCAGUGGAAGACAGUGAGCUGAGUGUUUAUUUUAUAACUCGAAGUUUAAAGCUUUGUUUGUUUGUUUAAGUGAAUGACAGACAGUUUAUUUUCGGAAGAGAGGAAGACGCGCGCGCUGCUGAAUCAGGCAGGAGCUCCAGGGAGCCGAGUCAGCAGCUGCUUCAGACACUCCGGCUUCUCUGUCCAUCUUCGGUAAGCGCCAGACUGCCCCACUGCCACCAUGCGGCGGUGUCAGAACUGCGGUGGGACGGAUGUGGACGUGGACCAGGCUCGCGGUGACGCCGUGUGUAUGGGCUGCGGCUCUGUGCUCGAAGACAACAUCAUCGUCUCAGAGGUGACGUUCGUGGAGAGCAGCGGCGGAGGCUUAUCAGCGGUCGGCCAGUUCGUGGCCUCGGACUCUCCGGGAAAUGUCCCGUCUCUGGGUGGAAACUUAAUGGGGACGGGGAAGGAGUCCAGAGCGCAGACGUUACAGAACGCGAAGAGGAAUAUAAAUCACCUGGGCCACCAGCUGCAGAUGAACCAGCACUGCCUGAAUACGGCCUUCAACUUCUACAAGAUGGCGCUCUGUAAACGCCUGACCCAAGGGAGGAAGUCGUCCCACGUUAUCGCCGCCUGCCUCUACCUGGUGUGUCGGACAGAGGGCACGCCCCACAUGCUGCUGGAUCUGAGCGAUCUGCUGCAGGUCAAUGUGUACGUUCUGGGAAGAACGUUCCUGGUGUUGGCCAGAGAACUCUGCAUCAAUGCUCCAGCCAUAGAUCCGUGUCUGUACAUCCCCCGUUUUGCCCAAAUGUUGGAGUUUGGCGAGAAGACUCAUGAGGUGUCCAUGACGGCACUGAGACUCGUGCAGAGGAUGAAAAGGGACUGGAUGCACACAGGACGAAGGCCUUCAGGACUCUGCGGAGCAGCUCUUCUGGUUGCUGCACGGAUGUAUGAUUUCCAUCGCACCAUCAAAGACGUGAUCGGCAUUGUAAAAGUGUGUGAGGCCACGCUGAGGAAAAGGCUGAGUGAGUUUGAGGACACGCCCACCAGCGACCUGACGAUCGACGAGUUCAUGAAGGUGGAUCUGGAUCAGGAAUGCGACCCGCCCUCUUUUAAAGAAGGACUGAGGAAGCUCCGGCUGCAGAAGGUCGAGGAGGAACUGGUGAAGAAGCUCGAUGAUGUUGAGGGUGAAAUCUGUGGCUAUCAGGAUGAGAUUGAAAUGGAGCUGGAGAGCAAUCGACCAAAAUCCAGAGGGCUCUAUGCAUCUUAUGCAAAAAAUGACGACGCCAUCUCCGUGACGUCAUCCAGCGUGCACGAUCCUGAUGAAGACGGCGAGGAUGAAGAUUUGCGUGCAGCGGCGUCUCACCUGAGCAAAAUCCUGCCUGGGGUGAGCAACGGAGAAGAGCAGUGCGAUGAGGAGCGACAGGAAGCGCGAGACUCUCAGGCCAAGCGUCCGUCUCUGGAGGCUCUGCUCGGGCCGCUGCCCACCGCCGCCAGCCUCGGCCUGUCCGACUCUAUCCACAAGUGCGCGGGCGAGGAGAAGGAGAACGAGAAAGAGCACACGUCAGACGGCGGCGAGCUGGACCUGAGCGGGAUCGAUGACGAGGAACUCGAGUGGUACAUCCUCAAUGAGAAGGAGGUGAAGAUUAAAACUGAACUCUGGAUGCUGGAGAACGCGGACUACCUCAAAGAACAGAAAGAAAAGGAGGAGAAAAUAGCGAAGGAGAAAGAGCUGGGUAUCUACAAGGAGAAAAAGCCUAGGAAGCCGGCUCAGAGGCGGGCGCCGAUCAACGCCAGCACAGCCGACGAGGCCAUUGAGAAGAUGCUGGAGCAGAAACGCAUCUCCACAAAGAUCAACUACGACGUCCUGAAGGACCUGAACCGCUCCAGUGUGAAGAGCCCACCGUCCAAGCCGAAGGAGUCUCCAGCCCGUGCAGCGCAGAGGAGGACGCCGUCAGUGCGCCCCCACAGAGUCAACGAGCUCUCAGCAAGUCUGGCAACACCGGCCAGCAUCUUCGGCAAGAGGUUACGGCCGCUGAUCUCAACACAGCCUCCGAAGAAGCCAGUCCUGGAUCAGCUGGUGUCUGAGGCCCCAGAAGCCCCUUCUGCUGUGGUUACCCAGGAUGCCGUGGUGGUGGAGAGCGGGCCCGUCGCGUACGAAGACCCGGGAGAGGAGGAGGAGGACGAGGAGGAGGAGCAGCAGUGCGUCAGUGCCAUGCAGCUCAUGGGAGGAGACGAUUACGGCUAUGAUUUUGACGACGACGAUUGACUUUAGCGUCACCGUGUGGAAGUGAGAUAUGGACUGCAAAAGACACAAGCUGCUCUCUCACUCUCACACACACACACACACACACACACACACACAGCAUUUGCUGCUGCUGCUUUAUACAAGAAGAAACAGUAUUGUUUGACACACACACUGUGACACCAAUAUAAUGCUGCUAAUGUUAGACGUCAUACAUUCAGACACGUGUUUGAGUCCUUUGAAGUGUGUGUGUGUGUGUGUGUGUGUGUGUGUGUGUGUUUUAUCCCUAAUAAGUUCCAAUUAGUAAGACAGGGAGCAUAGAAGAAUCUUCCACUUGUUUGACAUCUGUGUGUGUGUGUGUGUGUGUGUGUGUGUGUGUGUGUGCGUGCGCACACACUUCUGUAAUUAUAUUAGUGUGACAAACAUAGAGCUGAAUGAUAGCUCAUGGCCUUGUGCAUCAAAGUGGCUUCGACUGUGUGUGCGCACGCAUGCAUGUUGUGCUGCUAAUCCAGAACAUCUGGAUUCCAGUUUCUGACAGGUUCGUAUUGUUUUUUGAAAAUUUUUUUUGUUUAAUUUUGUAUUAUUAUUAUUAUUAUUAUUGUAGAUUAGACCUGUUUUAUUGGAGCUAUUCUGUAAUCCCCCCCCCCCCAUACACACACACACACACACACACACACACACACACACACACACACACACACACACACACAGUCUUGCCUUUGCGGCUUUCUUUUGACAGCGAUGACAAAUCCUAACCAGAAGUAGAAUUCAGAAUUUAAAAAAGUAAAUUUUGACGUGUCGAGAGUAUUGCAAUAUUUGUGCGGAUUCGCAGACCUGAGCUGAGUAUACAAGGGUGAGUCAAAUGAACACCUUCAACUGGAUUGAUUGAUUUCGGGGUGUUUUUUUUUUUUUGGGAGUCCAGACAUUCAUCAGGUGCUGCAACGAAAUGGAGUUUAUGGAGAAACAGACGUUACGCCAUUGUUGUAACUGUUUGCAAUAAACAAUGUAAAAUUGAAAGAAAA